AUGUCCCAGCUAUUUUAUCAGGGUGAUUCCGACGAUGAGUUGCAAGAGGAACUAACUAGGCAGACGGUUCAAGCAUCUCAAGAUUCUCGGAACGAAAAUAAAGAUGAGAGCAUCGAAGCCGAUCACCUUGAUGAGGUGACCAAUGAGGGCUUUAAGCUUUUAGACGAAGGUGCUGUGCUGUACCCGCUGAUACCGAAUGAACCAGAUGACACGGAAACGUCCAAGCCUAACAUAGAUGAUAUUAGGCCAGUCGAUAUUCAAUUGACUUUACCAUUAUCAUUUCAACAAAAGGUUGUAGAGAGUUCGUUGAUUACUGAGGAUGGGUUAGUUAUAAUGGGAAAAGGGUUAGGCCUGCUGGAUAUAGUUUCCAAUCUGUUACAUGUUCUAGCUACACCAACCUCUAUUAACGGGCAACUGAAGAGAGCGCUGGUCCUGGUGCUGAACGCAAAGCCCAUAGAUAACGUGAGAAUUAAGGAAGCCUUAGAAGAGUUAUCGUGGUUUACCAAUACUGAGACUGACAAAGAUAGCACCAGUUUGGAGGAUGAUGACGGUCUUUUUGAAAGGCCAUUUAGCGUAGUUACCGCAGACUCCUUAAGUGUGGAGAAAAGAAGGAAAUUGUACAUUUCCGGUGGUAUCUUGAGCAUCACCUCCAGAAUUCUCAUUGUGGAUCUUUUGUCUGGUAUUGUUCACCCGAAUAGGGUUACGGGUAUGUUGGUACUAAAUGCAGACUCACUUCGACAUAAUUCAAAUGAAUCGUUUAUAUUAGAGAUUUAUAGAUCCAAAAAUACUUGGGGUUUCAUUAAGGCCUUUUCUGAAGCACCAGAGUCAUUUGUUAUGGAAUUCUCACCCCUUAAGACGAAGAUGAAAGAGUUGCGGUUAAAGAACGUUUUAUUAUGGCCGCGAUUCAGAGUGGAGGUAUCUUCGUGUUUAAAUGCUAUCAAUAAUGAAGCAUCACAAAACAAAGUUAUUGAAGUGAAAGUAUCAUUUACGAAUUCCAUGUCCCAAAUUCAAUUUGGAUUGAUGGAGUGCUUGAAAAAGUGUAUCGCUGAAUUGAGUAGAAAAAAUCCUGAAUUAGCAUUAGAGUGGUGGAGUAUAGAAAAUGCCCUGGAUGUAAAUUUUAUCAGAUCAAUUGAUUCAGUAAUGGUACCGAACUGGCACCGGAUCUCUUAUGAAUCAAAACAACUGGUUAAGGACAUCAGAUUUUUACGCCACCUUUUGAAGAUGCUGGUAUCCUCCGAUGCUGUCGAUUUUUUUGGGGAAAUUCAAUUGAGCUUGGAUUCCAACAAACCCUCAGUGUCCCGAAAAUAUACUGAGUCGCCGUGGUUAUUGGUGGAUGAAGCACAACUAGUAAUAUCUUAUGCGAAGAAAAGAAUCUUUCACAAAGAAAAUUAUAAUCUGGAGGAGAAUCCAAAAUGGGAACAACUAAUACAUAUACUAGAAGAUAUUGCAUAUGAAAGAACUAAUAAGGGCUUACAAGGACCUACCCUAAUUGCUUGUUCCGAUAAUGCUACCUGUUUACAAUUAGCAAGAGUUUUGAAUUCUUCAAGCAAAAGAAGGGGAAUGCGUGAGGUGCUUUUGAAUAAGCUGAAAUGGUAUAGAAAACACCGGGAAGAAACGAAAAAGCUGGUUAAGGAAGUCCAAAGUCAAGAUACUUUUCCCGAAAAUGCAACAUUAAAUGUCAGCUCGACAUUUUCUAAAGAACAAGUGGUUACAAAGAGAAGAAGAACGCGGGGUGCUUCGCAGGUUGCGGCUGUUGACAGACUGAGAAAUUCAGGGACUAAUGUGGAUAUGGAGGAAGUUUUGGAAGACCAGAAGUUGACUGAAGAAAUCAAAAAGGAAAAUAGUGAUAAACCGCAUGAUGGACUGGAAGAAAGCGGUAUAAAUGAUGAAGAAGAUCUUGUAAAUGAUUCAAAAAUAUUUGAGCUACAAGAACAAGAAAUCAAUGAAGCUUUUAUUCAUGAUAACGAUAACGAACUUGCCAAUGAAGAAAUAGACUAUGCGGAAGAACUUCCGAAACAUGUAUCUGUUCACUUCAAUAAAGAAUUAUGGGCCGAACAUUGCAGUGAGUAUGAGUAUGUCGAUCGUGAGGAUGAAAUUUUAGUCUCUACUUUCAAGAGCCUCAAUGACAACUGCUUAUUGCAGGAAAUCAUGCCUUCUUAUAUUAUAAUGUUUGAACCAGAUAUCUCCUUCAUUAGGCAAAUUGAAGUUUAUAAGGCCAUAGUACAAGAAUUACAACCGAAGGUGUAUUUUAUGUAUUAUGGUGAGAGUAUUGAAGAGCAAAGCCAUCUGACCGCAAUUAAAAGAGAAAAGGAUGCUUUCACAAAGUUGAUCAGAGAGAAUGCCAAUCUGUCGCAUCACUUUGAAACAAAUGAAGAUCUUUCCCAUUAUAAAAACUUGGCUGACAGAAAAUUAAAACUCUCAAAAUUACGAAAAUCUAACACUAGAAAUGCGGGUGGACAGCAAGGAUUUCAUAAUUUUACUCAGGACGUUGUCAUUGUGGAUACUCGUGAGUUCAAUGCUUCAUUGCCAGGUUUACUCUUUCGAUACGGAAUUAGAGUCCUUCCUUGUAUGUUGACUGUUGGUGAUUAUGUGAUAACUCCGGAUAUUUGUUUAGAAAGGAAAUCAAUUUCAGAUUUAAUUGGUUCCUUGCAGAAUAAUAGAUUAGCAACCCAAUGCAAAAAAAUGCUGAAAUACUAUAAAUAUCCUACUCUGUUAAUUGAGUUUGAUGAAGGACAGUCGUUUUCUUUGGAACCAUUCAGCGAGAGAAGAAAUUAUAAGAAUAAAGACAUAUCAACGGUGCACCCGAUAUCAAGUAAAUUAUCCCAAGACGAAAUACAAUUGAAGCUAGCUAAGCUGGUAUUGAGGUUCCCUACUCUGAAGAUCAUUUGGUCUUCUUCGCCACUACAAACUGUAAAUAUAAUUCUAGAACUGAAAUUGGGCCGUGAACAGCCAGAUCCUAGUAAUGCAGUUAUAUUGGGCACAAAUAAAACUAGACCAUAUGUGAAUGACAAUGUGUCGGGGGGCUUAAAUGAUGGCGAUAAUGAGUCCAAAUAUAAGAAGUUGCUGGACGUUCCAGGAGUGUCAAAGAUUGAUUACUUCAACCUACGCAAAAAAAUCAAGAGCUUCAAUAAACUUCAAAAGCUCUCGUGGAACGAGAUUAAUGAACUGAUUAAUGACGAGGAUUUAACGGAUAGAAUAUACUACUUCUUGAGGACAGAAAAGGAAGAACAGGAGCAAGAGAUGAAGGAUUAUAAUUCGGAAUUGCUUGCCAAGAACAUGAAUGAUGAUGCUUUAAAUGACGAUGACGGUGAUGAUGACGUGCUGGAUGCAUUUAUGUAA